CUAUUUUAUAGAAGCCUGUUCCCUAAGUACCAGUAACUGAACAGAAUUUGUUUUUGAAUUACUCUGGUUCAGUUCCCCCAGAAAUAAUAAUAUUAUAACAGCAAACUAAAAAAAACAUACCUUAGUAACAAGUAAAAUUUUAUGUUAAUCUCUCUCCUGAAAAAUUUCUUCAAAAUAAAAUUAGAAGAACUUUACCAAGCUGAGAACUUAAUCACUCACUAGAAUUUUAAAUCUUCAGAGUAAAGUCCAUCAGUUUCUAACAGCCAUUUUUAAAAAAAGAUAGACCCAUUGUAUAUAAAAAUGCAAUCUUCAGAUAUCAAGGGUUGAAGUCAUACUCUUGAGUACACUAAUUGAAAUCAAUGGGACUAACGAGAAGUCCACUGAUUAAAUGAUAUGUCAAACUGAGUCCUACUCUUGACAGUUGGAUUCAACUCAGUGUGUCUUUUAUUAACAGUUAAGAUAAUGUCCUUUGUGAUGUAAUCACUUGACUACUAGUAUAUCAACUGAGCCCAUCAAGUGAUUGCAUAAAAUCUUCCCACUGGCUGUUGGGCAGUGAUGCUUUCCAGGUGAUGGGGUCUGAGCUGUAUAUAGAAUGAAAGGUUAUCAAGACACGAGAACAUCCUGUGAAAGGUACAUGGUCUGAACACCCCGAUGUGAGGGUAGUUUUGUGAUGGAUGCAGAUGAACACCCUCCCUUGCAUUGUGAAGACUCUCGUAUGAAAUAUGACCACAGCAAGAAACUGUCAGGAGCAAGUACAGAUAUUGAGCAGCUUUAUCAAGCAGUGCCACAGCUUGCAAAUGUGUUCAGAAUUAAGGGGAAAAUUGGUGAAGGUACGUUUAGUUCUGUUUACCUGGCCAUAGCCCAGCUACGAGGAGGCCAUGAAGAAAAAGUGGCUUUGAAGCAUUUGAUUCCUACCAGUCAUCCUGUACGAAUUGCUGCUGAACUUCAGUGUCUUAUAAUAGCAGGGGGACAAGAUAAUGUCAUGGGAGUUAGGUACUGUUUUAGAAAAAACGAUCAUGUGGUUAUUGUUAUGCCAUACCUGGAACACGAAUCCUUUUUGGACAUCUUGAACUCUCUCUCCUUUGAAGAAGUAAGAGAUUAUAUGUUUAAUCUCUUCAAAGCUUUGAAGCGUAUUCAUUACUUUGGCAUUGUUCACCGUGAUGUCAAACCCAGUAACUUCUUGUACAACAGGCAAAUGAAACGGUAUGCCCUGGUCGACUUUGGUUUGGCGCAAGGAACUCCUGACACAAAAAUAGAACUUCUCAAAGUUAUCCAGUCGGAAGCCCAGCAGGAAAGUUGUGCAUGGAAUAAGCCUCAGAUAACUUUGGGAUCCCAGGUUUCAGUUACUGCUAGAGCACCUAGGCAGCUAGUUCGUCAGCCAGCUGCAAGAACGGCUAAUAAAAGGCCUUGUUCCCUUUCCCAAACACAGAUUAAACAAGGACAGAAAAGAAAGGAGGGGCCUGAGAGCCUUCAUGUUCAACGCUCUGUCUUUGGGGAGAGGAAUUUCAAUGUCCGCAGUUCUGCAUCUCAAGACAAUUCCACAGUUAAACUCAUAAAGCAGCCUAGGGUGACAGAUAUUGCAGCUAGAAAAUUAUUGGCGAAGAAGAAGACAACUUCGACUGUGACUAAUGGCUUAGUGAAGAAAGCUGCCAGCAGUUAUCCAACUAACGUGACCUGUGACUGUUAUGCAAAAGAUAGAGUCUGCAGUGUUUGUCUUUCAAGGCGCCAGCAGGUUGCUCCAAGGGCUGGUACACCAGGAUUCAGAGCACCAGAAGUGUUAACCAAGUUUCCGAAUCAAACUACAGCAAUUGACAUGUGGUCUGCAGGAAUCAUAUUCCUUUCUCUGCUGAGUGGCCGGUAUCCAUUUUACAAAGCAAGUGAUGAUUUAACAGCUUUGGCACAGAUUAUGACUAUUCGUGGAUCCAGGGAGACAAUUCAAGCUGCUAAAACAUUUGGUAAAUCAAUACUGUGUAGUAAAGAUAUCCCAGCACAGGAUUUACGAAUGCUCUGUGAAAGGCUGAGGGGAAGCAAAACCAGCUUUGACAUCUCGACAGGUGAUGGGCAGAUCAACCUUUCUCAGGAACCUGCAUUACAAGCUGAAAUCUUCAACAUUUCAGAGCCUGCACUUCAGACAUCUAAAAAGCACCUGCAGUAUCAGAAGCCAAGUUGUCAUGAACAUGAUGGCCUGGUUAUUAGAACUUCUGAAAAGCCAGCUGAUCUGGGAUGGGACAAAGUCCCUGAUGAGGCCUAUGAUCUUCUGGAUAAACUGCUAGACCUAAAUCCUGCUACAAGAAUAACUGCAAAGGAUGCCUUGCUUCAUCCUUUCUUCAAAAAUAUUAAGCAGUGAAAAGAUGCUCGGCUCUGUACCACCAGAAGCAUUGGAAGUCAUAGUUUCCUUAUCUUUAAACGAAAUCAGAAUUCCUAGAGGGACAUUGUUUCCUCCAAAUUGCUUCAUAGCUACAUCCAACUUGCGGAAACAAAACAAAAACCUUGUCAGCUAUUAAACAUACUGAAGUCCAAAUCAAAGGCAGACUGGGACAGAUUUUUCCCCAUGCACUUACACCAUACAUUUCUAAAUUAUUUUAAUUUUGUUGUGUCGCUAAUGAUGCAAUCUGCAGGUGCACUGAACCUCCAUGAACCAGCUUGCAACCCACAGUGGUCCCAGUCGGGUCUUGGCACGAUACCUGCAUGGGCUUCCUUUGGGCUGCCUUGUUCUUGACUUCUAGGAGUGCCGCUUCUUCUUAAUCAGCUCCUAAUACCUAUACAAAUGUGCCUUUACUAUGUGAAGGGUGCUAAUGUGAGACUGUGAUAGAAAAAAGAUUCCCGCUGUACUUCUAGCCUCGCAGACUAAUAAGUAUACUUGAAAACUUGUCCUAGUCAUCAAAACACAUUCUCUCUUCAGAGGAAGAAAUGGAGAAUUCUGAAGUUUUGAGAGCCCACAACAGUAGUUUCUAAAGGCUUCGGACUGUAGCUUUUGAAUGCAUUUUAGGUGGAAUGAGAAGCAGCUGUGAAAAUAGUUACUCUAGUGUGCCCAAUCCUAGCCAACUUAAAAGACCCAUGUUUCCCUUCUUUCCAGGAGCUGGCAGGUGGGGAGUGAUGCCCCUGCAGAUGUGGCCUCCCAGCCUCAGCAUUUCUGUCGCUUACUGGAACAUUUUGGGCAGAAUGGUUAGGACAGAGCAGUGCCAGCACCCCAAUAGAGCCAGCCUGCCACUCCUGCUGGUGCAGCCAUGCCACUCUGAGCUUGCUGCUCCCUUGCCUCACCCAUAUCAGCAUUACUGAUGCCAGCUGGCCAGAUCUGCAGUGUUGCCCCUCCCUGCCAGCCGUUCCUGUUCCCUAUCCAUGUCACUAUCAAGACUGAACAAUUUUCAUAUAAUUAAAUGGCCAUUCAGCUUAAUAAGGCUUAGUGCUUGCCAUAAAGAUUUCCCCCCCCCCGCCUCCAAAUUUUUGGAGUUUAAGGAAAAUAUGGAUUGUGUUCUUUUUGUCCUCUUUGAAAACUUCUACCUUUCCUCCCUGCUCUGCUAGCAUUUGAGAUGGGUACCAGUUGCUCUGCACUGUGUGCCAUAAUAUCUACAUAUGCAAGACCUGUGUUUUUGCUUGUCAAGCACUAGCUUACAUUACUUUGUAUAAUGUGUACGAUUGUCGGAACAAUUUGAUUUUCCUAGAAUUUACCAAAAGUAAACUUAUAUUUCAUACACUAUAAAAUGGAUAUUAUUAUCGCACAACAAU